CUUGUCGCGCUUGGAUGACGUCAGCCAGACGUUUCCAUUAUGGCGGCGGAGGGAUGUGAGGAGAUGAGCGGCAACGGGGAGCUCGAAGAGUCUCCAGCCAUGGAUGCCUCUGAGGUUCCACCACCACCUCCGACUGAGAUGUCAGAGAUGUCGGAGGAGAACGGCAGCGCUGCUGUGGCCCCUGAGGUUCCUGUAGGCCCCGACCCUGCUUCCUUCUCCAUUCCUCCAGCUGCAGAGGACGAGGAGGGGGAACUACCUGCAGACUUUGAGCGUCUGUGGAAAGCUGCUCACGACAAUCCUCAAGACUUCACCAGCUGGACCGAUCUGCUGCAGUACUGCGAACAAGAGAGUCACGUCACAGCUUCUCGCAGAUCGCUAGAGGCCUUCCUCAUUCGCUAUCCACUGUGCUACGGUUACUGGAAGAAAUUUGCAGAUCUGGAACGCCGGGCAGGCUUCAACGACAAAGCAGAGGAGGUGUGUAUUCAGGGCCUUCAGUCAAUCCCUCUGAGUGUAGAUCUGUGGAUUCACUACAUCAAUCUGCUGCUGGGAACACUGGACAUGAACCUGCCCGAGUCGCCAAAGCGGAUUCGCAGCGUGUUUGAGGAUGCAAUUGCGGCAGCAGGUCUGGACUUCCACUCGGAUCGGCUUUGGGAUCUGUAUGUUGAGUGGGAGAAGGAGCAAGGCAACAUGAAGAACGCAGCAGCCGUCCUGAACAGAGUCCUCAAAGUCCCCACUCAGCUUUACAACACCCACUACGACAAGUUUAAGGAACACCUAAACGGCCACGAGCCUAAAGAGGUGCUUUCUACAGAGGAGUACGAGGAGCUGAGGACGAUGUGCCGUCAGAAUCAGAAGGCCGAACGAGCCGAACAGGCCCAGGAGGAGGAGGAGGAGAGGCCGCCAGGGGAGGAAGAACCUGCCACACCCGAGGGUACAGACAGUGAGGAAUUGAUGCAGAAGAUAAGGGAACAAGUGCUGGUUCGCAGGGACAAAGUUUACCAGGACAACGAGGGAGAAGUUCGCAAGAGGUGGCACUUUGAAGACGCUAUCAAGCGGCCAUACUUCCAUGUGAAGCCACUUGACCGCCUCCAGCUCCGGUCCUGGCACUCCUACCUAGACUGGGAGAUCGCUCAGCUGAACACAGACACCAAAGACCCCAGCCAAGAUCCAAACCAAGCAGCCACAGAGGGGUCAGAGGUCACGGCCCAGCCUCAGGAGGCAUCAGAGGAUGCUGCGGUUGCCCAGGACGACCACAGAGUUCGCAUCCUCUUUGAGCGCUGUCUAAUCGCCUGUGCGCUGUAUGAAGAGUUCUGGAUCAGGUACAUUCAGUAUUUGGAGCCGCAGAGUGUGGACGAAGCUCGGGCUGUUUAUAAACGAGCCUGUGAGGUCCACCUGGCUUACAAACCCAACAUCCACAUGCAGUGGGCCACCUUUGAAGAGAGGCACGGUGACUUAACCGAGGCUCGGCGAGUGUUGGAAGCACUGGAGAAAACCCUGCCAGGAUUGGCGGUUGUCCGUCUCCGCAGAGCCGCUUUAGAGAGACGAGCGGGCCAGCUGGACCAAUCAGAAGCCUUGCUGAGGGAGGCGGUGGCAGAGUCCAAAGAGAAGCCAACGUUACACGCUUUCUACUCCAUCAAGCUGGCUCGCUUGCUGCUGAAACUGGGCAGGAACCCCAGCAGAGCCCGCAGGGUUUUACAGGACGCGCUGGAAAUUAGUCCGGAUAACGAUAAACUGCACAUGAACCUGUUGGAGCUGGAGGUGUCGGGGGAACCCUGGACGUCAGCGGAGGCGGUGCAGGAGUGCGUGACGCGAGCCCUGGCAGCUCCACUCGCCCCACACACCAAGAUCCUGUUCUCACAGAGAGGCCUGCAGUUUGUAGAAGACUACAGCAACUCUAUCCAGAGUGUGCUGUCGGUGUAUGAGGAGCACCAGAAGCUGCUGAACGAGCUGGGAGGAACCAAGAGAGGAGCAGAGAACGGGGACGAACCCGACGAUCCAGAAAAACUGAGCAAAGGUGAAGACGGUUCUGCUGUCGCUGUGUCUGCACCUCCCACUAUGCCACACGUCCCCAUCACCACGCCGCCUCCAAACAUGAUGGGCACCGACAUGAGCGCACAGGCCGGCUACGGAGCUUACAGCAACUGGUACCAGCAACCACAGUACGGCAGCUACGGCUACCAGAACACCUGGAACUACAACCAGGGCUACUAUCCACCCAGCUAAAGAGAGCAGCUGUGGCACCAGGAGACCACAGGAAUCCACGUGACCCGGCUGAACGACAAACUGAACCACCCACUCCUGCGGGCCCACCUGCUCAAACAUAUCCCAGCAUCCCUCUCUCCCACUCCGUCCGUCCUCGAGGUCGCUCACUGUCCUGGAUUUGUGAAAAUGAGGAGUGGAGCUCAUCGAACACGUCGGCGUCGUCUCAUUGUUGAUCCAGCAGGCGGAGAGACGACGAAAACAAACAGUGACGCCCAUUUUCAGUACAGUGUCUCUGCAUUUUAAUCAGAACUAUUUUUGUAUUUGUUGGCAAGCCGAACCCCUUUGCUCGUGUUUUAAAGUCAUCCAGUGUAUUCAACUCGACAGGUGAUGUAUGAAUGACAUUUUGUACCAUUCCACAGAGUAGGCUAUGGUGUUUUUUCUAAUGUACAUAAAGGUGUUUUAUAGUGUGUCACAACUGAGCUGUUUUGUGUCGUGUGUUUGUUUGCUUGUGCUUCCAUGAAGGUAAAAAACGAACUGUUAACUCACUCGUUGUGAAAGCCUGUUAAGAGGAGGAGGAUUGUGUCCUGCUCCCGUCUGGGACUUCCUGUACUUGUCAGGUCGGGAGGAAUACAACACAAGAGGAAAUAAAGUGUUGGCUUCACAGGCACAAACAAGCAGGGCAAGCACUCGCAUUUUCUUUGAUUUUUUUUUAAACAUUUACCCAAGCAGGCAGCGUGGCUCUGGGACAGCAGUGUUGUUGGCUCAGGCUGAGAUAUUAGACCUGAACUUUGGUACAGAUGUCACCAGAAGAUAAAUCCUACAGUGAAUUAGUGACUUUUCACCUACUGGACGGAUUGUAUUGACCUUUGCACACACUGAUGACUGUCACAGGAUGAACUAUUACCAGUCUGGUGGUUCUUUAAACUUUGUGUGUAGCGCCAUCAUCAGGUCACAAUUAAAAUUUGCCCAAUGCUUUGGGUUAUGACCGCAUACCUGCACAACUGUUCUCUGAAGCUUCAGCAGUACUUAUGAUCAUUCAAAUUAGUAUAUUCCAAAAUAAAAUGGCAAAUCUGGUAUUCAUUAUACUUGUUAAACAGGCUUUGUGUGGAUGAUCAUUUUUCUGGUGUUUCCCACAACCCAAAGAUAGUCAGUUUAAUGUUGUAGAGGAGAAAGAAACCAGAAGAUACUCACAUACUGGAUGCUGUAAUGAGAACAUCUGAAAUUAAUGUUCGUAAUAAACUGACCAGUUGAUUACAGAAAAUGGAUAAAUUUAAUAGGUGACAAUUAUUUGAUUAAUCACAUCUCAUCAGUGUUUAACAUUUGGAUCAAUGCAUUGCUGAGCUUAUGAAGGUCCUCACAGAUGUUGGAACAGCUGUGGACUCUUGUUUUAACAAUAUUUGCUUCAGACAUCUUAAAACCAAAACACUACUUUUUUUGGAUGGACUAUUAAAGUAUAAAAAACAGAA